GGUCGUAUUAACCUAAUUUUUUAAUUUUACUUUUCUUUUAUCAAUCAAUUUUUAUAGCUUACAGAAGAAUGCGUAAGCUGUCAUUUAAAAUUUUCAAAAAAUGGCGGCACUCUGAGAAUGUCCUCAAUCAUGGGUCUCCAUUAGCAUCAGCUGGUUGCAAAGAAAUUCCUUCUAAAUGGUAACAUUUUAAAAAUCCAUCCCGAUCUCAGUAUCAACACUUCUGUCAGUUGGUUACUUUGUCUCAUAAAUUUCCUGCGUACUUAUACAAUAUUUGUCAUCAAAUAUUCCAGUGUCAGGGUCAAAACUAAUGUAUUAUUUCUUUCCACGUUCAUAACUUGUUUUUAUUUUUUUAAAAACUUUGCCACAAUAUGGACCGGGUAAAAAAUUCAAAGUUGUCCUGUCAUUUAAACAGACAUGUCAUAUGUUUGUUUAUUACAGCAGAAAUUUACUAACAGGUUAUUUAAAACGUAAUGUAACGUAAGUAAAUUUAAAAAAUAAUAAACAAAUACGUGAUUAUUUAUUCUGACAAGUUAGUGAGUCAUUUUAGCAAAGUGAAAGUGCCAUUAAUUAUUCCGGUGGUGGUAAUAAAAUUUUUCUUUUUGUUAAGAAGGAGAAAAUAAAUUUUUUGGUGAAAAUAUUGCAAGCAUACAAUGGCUUCUAAACAAAGUCCAGCAAAAGUUACUUUGGGAAUGAUGAAAGGUAAACCAAUUACUACUUCUGUACCUGUAAUUAAAUACCACGCAAGUGAUGACGAACUAGAAGAACUUUAUCCCAGCACUGAUGAAGAAAAACCAAAGACACCGGAGUCAGAAAAAACGUCACCCAAAUCGAGCCCAUUUAAAAUUCCUAAAUUAAAAUCUGAUAAUAAUGAAAGUAAUGAUGAAUUGGGUGAGCAGAGAUCCUCUAGUUUAGAUUUAUCUGAAGGUGGCACACCUCCGUCUAAUUCUGAUCCUUGGAAAGUGCUGUCAGAUAUACGUGGUAAGAUAACUAAGACAUUUGAAGAUAAAUUAUCUGAGAUAAAGAGCGAGAAGAAGAACAAACAUCGUAGCAGAGAAAAUUCUAGUGUCAGCGAUCCUGAGGACUUGGGUAACAUUACGCCGACUGAAGACGUGUCGGAAAAAUUAGAUAAGCCGGACAAAGAAUUGUCGCCGUCUAAAAGUAGCAAGAAGAGUCACUCGAGGUUUAGAUUCUCUAGUAUAAAGACGGGCUUGAAGGCCAAGAAUAAGGGUCGCGAUGAAAGUAUUGAGAGUGGAGUCGAGGCUGCUGAAUUGGUGGAGGUCGACUCUAUGUCAUUCUCAAACACUUCUAAAGGCCAGGAAACUUCGGAAAUUUCUAGUGUAUGUACAGUACAAAAUUUAGCGUACUCACGUUUGGUGACCGAUGUCCCUGUUGAGUGCAGAAGAGAGUUUCCAAAGCCCGGUAAAAUAAUAACUGAGCUAAAAAGUUAUAUAUUGUCUCGAAUAUUUUUGUUGUUAGUAUUUUUGGGGUUGAUAAGUUACCUGGUACCACUUGUAGCAUUAUUUACUGGCAUGUUUGCCGGUAGUGUAGUUGCUGUUACAGUACAAAAAAUGUUAAAAAGAGUUGGCGAGGUUGUAGCGAUGCCUGUUGAAGUAGAAGAGCCCUCAAGUUUCACGACGGUCCCAGUUGUCGAGGUUCCUGCUGCUGAAGAGUACGCUGUCGUUGAUAAAUUUGAGGGCUGGUUAAACGAACUCCCUUAUAAUUACGAGCCAGAUAAUUAUCACGUUGCGCGAACACAAUCUGUUUACUUUAAACUCGAAGGUGAUUCACUUAAAGUGAUUGAAACCAGAACGCGAAUUCCUAAACGCGCUGUCUGGAAUGAGCCGCAACCAACAGCUAAAUUUACACGGAAACGUGUUUAUUCAUUAGUCGGAGCUAAAGUUGAGUUAUUGCCCGAGGGUUUGACUCGUAGACGGAGAUGGAGCAAAAAAUAUCCCAUAUGCGUGACAUUAGGGCGUGAGGGUGUCGUCGAAAAUAUAGCACUCGAGACGCCGUCUGACGAUGAAUUACAAACGGAAUUAGAGAAGGAUAAAUUAAUAGUCGAGGAGGAUGAAACAGACGACGAUUUGUCAUUUUCGAAAGACACUAAAGAUGUAUUUGAAGAUUGUCAAGAUGAUGUCGAGGAUCUAAGGUCAAAAUUAUUUUUUUUUGGCAGAACUGAUCGACAAAAAGAGGAUUGGUACAGACGACUUGUUCUCGCAACAACAUCUUGCAAUAAACGUAAUUCGAUACCGUCCGGCAAGGAACUUACGUCAUCAUCGAGUAAUUUAUCGCUAUCACAAACCUCUGGUGAUACUAAAAACUCGACCACAACGCCCGUUAGUGUUGAUAUUCCUGCAGAGCUAUCAUUUAAUUCUUAUAUGUCGCGUUAUGCUGAUACUUCGACGCCAACGGAAUCCAAUGGCUCGCUAGCAGAGUCCGAAGUCUUGUGGUUGAAUGCAUUACUCGGUAGAAUAAUAUUCGAUAUGCAUAAAUCCCCGGACAUGAUAAACGUCCUCCAGGAUAAAAUCCAGCGAAAAUUAUCGAACAUAAAGUUGCCGUAUUUUAUGGAGAGUUUGAUGAUCUCGGAACUGGUGAUUGGUCAAGGCGCGCCGUUUAUACACAAAGCGAGUAAACCGGUGGUCGAUGAACGAGGCCUGUGGAUUGAUUUGAAUAUCACGUAUGAAUGCGGACUGACGAUGACCGUCGAAACAAAAUUAAAUUUAAUGAAAUUAACCAGAGCUGGUUCUGUUAUCAAUAAUUCAAAUGACAGUAAUAACGGAAAUGAUUCGCCAAAGCCUGCUAAGUCUCCCAUGUUCGAUAGCGACGUUGAGGACAGUCCCGAAACUUCAACUGAGGAUGAAGAAAGCAUAAAUAUGCCGACAAGUACUCGAGAAUCAACGCCGAGUCAAUCUUCUGGGCGAAAGUUUCUCAGCAUGGUCGAUAAAUUGGCAGCAAAUAAAUACUUUCAACAUGCUGCUGAGUUGACCUACGUACGAAGAGCGAUGGAAGGAGUUUCUAAUACCGAAAUACGAUUGAUGGUUAGUGUAUCUAGUAUAGAAGGAUGUCUGUCUGUUAACAUACCGCCGCCACCGUCAGAUCGACUUUGGUAUGGAUUCAAACCAAUUCCUAAAAUAAAUUUAGAUGCCAGACCAGCUGUUGGUGAACGGGCUGUCAACAUUGGCUACGUUACUAAUUGGAUUAAAACAAAAUUAUUGAAAGAGUUUGAUAAAAUCGUCGUGCUGCCGAAUAUGGAUGACAUUGUGAUACCACUCUGUCCAAAUUACCCGUAUCACACGAGUUAAAUUUAUUUAGAAUUUUAAAUUUGAUAUUUCAUUUAACAGCAAGCAAGUCCAGUUUUUAUUUUUUUUAAUAAUAAUAAUAUAUAUUAAUCCAACAUGCAUGCACGUGUGACAUUUAACGAGUGUCUCUCACUUUGAAUUUAAACCGAUUGAUAUUUCGACACUUCAUAAUCAUUUUAUAUAUUUACAAUAACUCACACGGUAAACAAUUUUUUAAUUAUUUUUUUUUCGUCAUGUAAUAUGAUUAUUUUGAAUCAUCGUUAAAUUAUUAAUUCAAUAACUUUAUAUGUAUAUAUUAUAUAUAUAUCAAAUACUUAGAUGGAUGAUUUUACUAUCGAAUGAUUGCAACGAAGAAACAUUUUGUUUCGAUUUUAUAAAAUUUUUUUUCAUUAUAUUUAUUAUAUUUAGUGGUAAAUGUUUUAUUUUAUUUGAGAUUUAAUAUAUUUUUUAUUAUUAUAAUUAUUUAUUUCCUGCUAGUCAAGUCGGGCAGCAGUUUGUGUUGCGUAAUAGAUGAAAAUAAUGUACUACGUAAUUGCGUUGAGUCUGAUUUUGCUGUUUAAUAAAAUAAUGAGGGAUUUAUUUUUUUGGAGUAAGUAGCGAUAAAAUAUAUGUGACAAAAUUAAGUUGUCGUAGAAGAUUCUGAAUAGUAUAAACUCAAGUGUCAUAGUGGAUGUUAAAUUUAACUAAUAAGUUAAUUUAUUAUCUAGUGUGAUUUAAAAAUAACUGCAACUAUUACAAUUAUUUUACUGGUUUUUUAAAACUUUAAUUUAAAAGCAUUCUCAGACAGUACCUUUCACUUUUUAAAAAUUUUCGAUGACAACUUUCAUUUCAGCGAAAUUGCAACUGCGUUGUCCAUUUUUUAAUCAAUGCUUUAAUUUGUUUUUGAUUAAUUGAUAAAAUUCUGAUACGCUUAUGGCUGUUGAGUCAUUAAAGAUUUUUAUAAAGUGAGGAGUACUGUCUGAGAAUGACCUUAAAAAUAACAAAAUUGGUAAAGAUUAAUAAUGUUCAAUUCAUUUAAUGUACAAUCAAUUUAAAAAAAAACGCGGGAAUGGAAUUUCUCAGAGGGUACAUUAUUUUUUAUUUAUAUAUUGAAAGAGCAAAAUCUCCCUGAUAGCCAAGCUGGCAGCAACUUGUCACCAAGUUGGCCGCAAAAAUUGUCAUUUUCAUAAUUUGAUGGUAGCUGGUCGCCAACUUUCUGAGAAAGUUGGUGGCAAAAGUUGUCAUUCCAAUGACUGAAAGUUGCUUUCAAUUUUCUCAGAGUUUGCGGCAGUAAAUUGUUGCCAACUUUUUGGAAAGUUGAUGACAAUUUAUAGUUAACAGUUACGAAAGCUGAAAGUUGUCAUCAACUUGAUUGCAACUAAUUGACACCAACUUUCUGACCACAAAGUCUUGCUAUCAGGGUUCGUGGUAUUUAAUUUAACAGCAACGUCAGACAAUAACAACAAGUAAAUAGAUGAAAAAUUUCUGCUGGACCAAUCAAUGAAAAAUAUAUAUAUUUAAAAAAACUAUGCAAAAUACGCCAAAGGAAAAGUUAAUAAAUAAUUUAUUAUUUUGUAUUUUACACUGAGCAGAAAAAAAUUAUAUCGGAAAGUAAAUAUUAUCUUUACUUCAUUUUACAAAGAAAAAUAUAUUUUCUUAUCGGAAGAGUUUAUAGUUUUUUUUACGAGUUUAAAUAAAAUGAAUGAUUUUAAAUUAGAAUACGAUAAAUUUAAAAGUAAUUUUUUGAAUCAUGUCGAAAAAUUCUUCACAAAAAUAUAUAUUGUAUUUAUAUUUUUUGCUCAGUGUACGGUGUGCUGAGUGAUGAGGAUUACGGUCAGGAAAUAUGACUCUUUCUUUCACCAUUGUGUGGAUAUAUGAGAAGUUAACGUGUACUAAUAUAACGUAAUUCUUAAUUAAAUAUAACAAUAUAAUAAAAGAAUGGAAUUCAAUGGAGAAGGAUGUGCUACGCACUCUCAAUUAAAAUAUAUAGCUGUUUUCUACGUGAUUUCUCGCCUUCUUCAUGUCUGUUUUCCAUGUAUUUGUUACUAAGAAAAAAUGAAAAUAAAACAAUAUAUAUAUUUGUUGAGAAAAUA